AACACGAUCAAGACUGCGCGGGGGCGGUGAGAUUACCGCUUUGACCACGACGUGUCGCUGUGAAGGGAAACGUAUACACCGCUCCCUGCAGCCGCCAUUUACCCUGCCGCUGUCCAUGUUGCCGGCUCUCGACACUGGACAUUGAGUCGAGCUAUGCGCCCCAGCAAUGACGAUAGUUGGCGCACCGCUCCGCAAGUGGACAGUUUACCUGCUGCUCUGCAGCAUCCCGACAUGCGCCCUCGCGCAAGCGACGAAUGAGACGCCCGCCCCCGACAGCAGCUCGACGGCCACUGGAUCUGCCAGGGCCCCGCCUGCGACCGCAGCGGCGUCGAAACCUCCCUCCGCCCCCGUUGCCACAUGCCCGUACCGCACCAUCAACUACAUCACCCACUGGCUGCCCCAGCAAUGCCUCCGGACCAGCUGGUCAGCCCCUACGCCGAGCGCCGCGGUAGACGAGCCGAGCGGGGAAGGCGCACUCAAUACACCAGAGGUGGUGGUGCCGUGGGCUAGACAGGACGCCUCGGGGAGCAAAGUCAGGGCUGAAGUUGAAGCGACAGGACCAGCAGCGGCCGGCGCUGUUGACGCUGCCGCGGAGAAUGCGUCUUCGGGCACACAAGCAGAGGCGGAGUUGGAGACCGACUCUCCCUUCGACAGCGACAACUUUCUCUCGUUCGAAGAGUGGAAGAAGAAGAACCUCGAGCGUGUCGGUCAGUCGCCCGACAGCGUGGGCCAGGCUCGUGCUGCAACCUUGGACCAGCGCAAUCGACGGCGCCCGGUCAACGUCAACGCCCUCGACUCGCUGGGCGAAGAAGGAGAGAUCGAGAUAGACUUUAGUGGCUUCGGAAACCCUUCAGAGGGACAGGCAGUGCCCACGAAACCGCCCUCAGCUGCCCAGCAGGACACGGCCACAACUACAGAUGGCGAAGACCCCGCUGCACCCAGCUCAUGGGCGCUCAGCAAAGAUGCGGGCAAGACAUGCAAAGAGCGCUUCAACUACGCUUCCUUCGAUUGCGCCGCUACAGUCCUCAAGGUCAAUCCCAAAGCUAAGAGCACCUCCUCCAUCUUGGUCGAGAACAAGGACAGCUACAUGCUCACCGAGUGCUCCGCCGAGAACAAAUUCAUCAUCGUCGAGCUGUGCGAAGACAUCCUCGUCGACACCAUUGUCCUUGCUAAUUACGAAUUCUUUUCUUCCAUGUUCCGACAUUUUCGAAUUAGCGUUUCUGAUCGAUACCCCGUGAAGCUGGACCGUUGGCGGGUACUGGGCACAUUCGAAGCCCGCAACUCCCGCGAGAUCCAGCCCUUUCUCAUUACGGAGCCUCAAAUUUGGGCCCGAUAUCUGCGCAUUGAGCUUUUGACGCAUUAUGGUAACGAGUUUUACUGUCCCAUGAGUUUACUGAGGGUACAUGGUACGACUAUGAUGGAGCAGUAUAGAAGGGAGGAAGAAGAGGCCAGAGGAGACGAUGACUUUGCGGAGCCGAUUGAUGAGGUGGCUGAGGAACCAGUCCAGACCGCGGUGGUCCCUGUUGAUGAAAACCUUCCUAGCCAGCAGACUCAAACCAAACCAAACAAGGAUUCUGGAAUUGAGCAGCAGGUUUCGCCACAAGGAGACAAGAGCCAGAGUUCGACUGAUAGUGGAAGCCGCGCUGGUGCCAUCGACGAAGAAGCUUCGCAUCAACAUCGCGAAGCGCAUCCAUCAGGUCGUGCGUCAGAGGUACCUGGCAGCACUAUAACGUACUCCGCUGGCGACGAUGCUCCCUCGGACGGUCAACGCCCAGGGCCAUCCACCCAUUUGGAUGCUGCCAAAAACGGCAAGAGAAGCAUUGCGAAUGACUCUCCCAAUGCCGGUCCGGACGCCUUGUCUUCGCCUUCCACUCCGGCUCAUAUGCCCAAAUCACCUACCUCGACAGCAGAGCACUACAGCGGCGAUUCGAAGCCUGUAUCUUUGCAGGCCACCGACACAAAAGUUGCCACCAAUACAGAUACUGGCGCUGUACCCUCCAAUAAGGGACCAUCAAAUAAUACCAACAGCGGCUCGCAGGCCCCAGCACAAACACGCACGUCUGUGCAAUCACAACCAAACACCCCGCCGACGCAGGAAUCAUUCUUCAAGUCCAUCUCGAAACGCCUCCAGUAUCUGGAAGCGAACAGCACGCUUUCGCUGCAGUACAUCGAAGAGCAGUCUCGCACUCUACGAGACGCUUUCAUGAAGGUCGAGAAGAGGCAACUGCAGAAAACCGAAAAGUUUCUAGAUCAUCUCAACACCACCGUCAUGCACGAGCUCAAGAGUUAUCGGAACCUGUACGAUCAACUGUGGCAAAGUACUAUUUUAGAGCUAGAGGGUAUGAAGGAACGGCAGCAGGCUGAGAUGGGGGAGAUUGGGGCGCGACUCAGCAUGGUGGCAGACGAGCUCGUGUGGCAGAAGCGGAUGGCAGUUGUGCAGUCUACUCUCCUGCUGCUUUGUCUCGGCCUGGUACUCUUUGUGCGAUCAGGGACGCUGGGCUCCCAGUCGGACAUUCCCAUUGUGCAGCAGCUGGGCAACACGUACUCGAGCUUCUUCGACUCACCGUCGCACAGCCCAGAAGGCAGCAGGCGCGUACGACGCAGGCGCACCUUUGGAAACAUUUGGCGCAGCGACGCUUCGGCGGCUCUGAGCGAUCGCAGCGGUCACGUUAGCGAUCUGGUCAACGGUGUGUCGGAUGCAGAGACGGACGGUCGCCGCAGCCCUGUGCAAGUCGCUUUCAGUCCGCCCACGCCAAUCACACUCGGCGAACCAUCCAUGGCAAGCAAAGCGGGCUCAGCUUCUCCUGAGCAGUCUGACGGCGUCGCCGCCCGGACCGAUCAGCAUGACAAUGGCCUACCCACGCCAACCGAGGAACCUGGGGACCCACUUUUACUCGAAGAGCAGGCCAAACGUCUCGAAGUCUUGGAAACGCAAUCUGGCCCCGCUACGCCACGUGGGUCCCGGGAUAGCAGGCCCUCGUGGGAGGAAGUCGACCGGGCCAUUCACCUACUCAAUGCUGAAGAUACGGAGGAGGAGGAGGAAUUAAAGAGGAAGGUUAGAGAGCAGCUGAAACGUAGGCGCAGUCCGCUGCAGAGAGCAAUCAGCUACGACGGAGUGCGGAGCGGGACCCAUUCGCCGGAUGAGGAUGGUGUUGGACACGACAGCGUGUUUGCGGAGUGAUUGAUUGAUUGAUUGCUUGAUUGACUAACUGCUGCAAUGAUCCUCUGUAUUUAUUCGCGCUGCAUCUUUGGCGUUGCAUUGGGACGGACGGCCUUCACGAUUGAGCGAGCAUGCAUAGUGGGGAUGGCGUUUGGGCUUUGGAGGGGUGCUCCUUUAUGGCGAAUACAUUCAUUACAUGGAGACUUAUGCUUGAUGACUCGCAUACGUGAAUGCAAUCGUCACUGCAAGAACUCUCGGACGGUCCUGCUCGGGACCAGAAAUAGCCAAAGCUUCAUGAACAAGCGUGUGCAGAUGCAUCCUCCCCCUCCUCCUCAAACGCUCAACCGAGUCUCAGGUCACCGUCAGAUAAUAAUGAAAGAGCAUCCUCGGAUAGAAUCAGAAAUCACUCCACGUUGCCAAGGACCUCCACCCCCAGCCAACCAGGGGCGCAGUGGAGGCGGGCCAA